AUGGCAAAUUUCCGGAUGGCGAAGAAAUAUCAGAACGUAAUAGUAUUUGUUGUUAUUGCGGUAGCAGUUCUGUAUUUUAUUAUUCCAAACGUCUACAAAAGUGAAGAUGCAAUUGAAGUUGACCAAUCAAUCAAAACAAGGCUACGUCAAAAAGCAUCACAAUUUGAUGAUGUUGUGAAACAAUAUAAAAAUAUAUCACAAGAAACACUUCACUCCAAAGGAAAUGCCAGUGUUCUGCGAAUCACCAAACCCCAAUCUUUAUAUUUGUCAACAUAUCUUCGCAUUGGAACAAUAGAAGAAAAUUGGAUAAAAAUCCGGGAAGGACACUUUGAAGUAAAAAAUAAUGAAGGAACGUGUACGUGCACUUUCGGAACAUGCAAAUGUUGUAUACAUUUUAUGGUGAAAAAACUUAAAAUUAAUUCAGUUGUGUGUGCAGUAUUUAGCAAAACAACAAUGCUUGAUGUUGUACUGUUAUACAACGAUGCUCCAGUAUUACAUGAACAACGGCCAGCGAAAGAAUCUAUGCCAGUCUGUAUCCAUCAGGCAGAUUCUGGGGCUGAAUUGUGUGCAGUCUUCCAUAAGCUACAGAUGCAUCCAUUCCAAGACCAGAGCUACUCACUCGGUGGAUGUCUAAACUUUCAGCUCGUUGUCAUGCAGAAAGAGAAGCUUGUAUUCCCUUCGGGUUGUUUUGAUUUGUCACAGUAACAUAUAGCUAUAGGAUCUAUGAACUUUAACAUUAUCAUGCAUUAUGAUUAUGGGUCGUCAAAUAUGUUAUAUACAUGUAUUUACCAUUUGGUGAAAAUAUAGCUUUAAAUAUGUUCACAGUACAGUUGAGUAUGAAUUUGUUGGAAUGUAUUUUUUUGAAAUGAACAGAAUCUCACAAAAGUAUGAAAAGGAGUGUUUAGAUGUCACCUCUUGGACUAUUUGAAACUCAAGCUUCAGCUACAGCACUGUGUAUUCUGACUGUUAUGCAGUUAGAUGAAUUGUAUUACUUGUUAUAUGUGGUAACUUUAAUUAUGUU